AAGACGGAAUAGCCGCACAUUCACUGGUUUGACUGAUUUAAACUGCGGGACGGGAAGAUCUUUGGACGGUGUAAAGGCGAUCAGACAUACGCUACCGACUUUAAAGCUUCGAAACACUUCAAAACAGAGCACACACGUCCGCCAAUGGUCCUAUUACCCGAAGACAACCGAGCUUGAGACGUGAAACGAAUUGUGCAUGUUGGAAUUUGGAUAGGAAAUCUAAAAAAGAUGCCACACAUCGGGAUUGCGAUGGAGCGCAGUCUUCAAGACGGUGGCAGCUGGGGCCAUGCAUUUGCGAAUCUAGUGUCGCGAAGUGCUGUCGCUGCCUUGGGUCGACGUCAAUCAAUUGAGGGUAUCUCGAACGAUAUCUCAGAUGCUGCGACUGCAUUUUCCAGUUGGGAUAAUUGUUUCCAGGCCUCUAUUUGCAAAUGGCCUGUCAUUGCGCUGUUUAUUGUUGGAGGCCUCAUUAUUCUCUCCAUCGUUUGGUGUAUCAUUCGGUGUUGUUGCUGUGGAUUAUCGUGCUGCUGCGAAUGUUGCUAUUGCCUGAAAUGCUGUGGUGAAUGCUGCGGCAUGUGUGAUCCCCCUCGUGGCAAACGAAGUAAAUACUUGGAUGAGCCGUUUGUUCCUCCAAACCACGAUCAGGUCUAUCGCUCUCACGCUCCCAUGCAAACUGGCUUUGACACCGCGAAGCCGAGUGCGCCCCAGUAUGCCGAAUUUGAUACUGGGAACAAGAAGGAUGCGGACGCACUACCUGCAAUGCCGAGUUGGGAGGAUGCUAACUCUAAAAAGGUGCUGAUCGAAGAAGAUUAUGUUGAGAUGGAACCCCUGAAGAAACCAGAGGCCGCUCCAAGCCCUUCGCAAAUAAACGUAGCUAACGCGCCAUCUUCAACGUCCCCGCGCGCAGUCUCGCCCUAUGGCCCACCUGCGGGCACAGGUGGUACGAAUGCUUACAUGGGAACUGGACGCAAUGAGCCUGGCGCCUAUGGAAUGAACCAACAAGGAUAUAAUGAAUACAAUAACCAGGGUUAUGACCAGCAGUAUCCAUCUAAUGGUAUGAAUAAUGCAGCAAUGGGCGCGGCAAGUGGCCCGAUGGGCCGACGAACACCUCAUCAGGAUUACAACGCUGGCUAUGACCGUAAUAUGAACCAGAACUAUAACCAAUAUCCCCAGUCGCGAAGCCCCAGGCCUUACCAAGACGAAUAUAGACAUAACGCCACACAGAAUCCAUACAACCAUGCAGAAUAUCGAGGUAUGGCAUCUAAUGAUGGUUUCGGAAAUGAUCGCAGGUCACCAGCUCCCCAGGCAGGCUAUGGAUAUGGAAACCCACGGAUGGGCUCGCCGGGUGCACAGCCGGGUUAUGGCUACGCUAAUGCCCGGGCAUCUCCCGCUCCGCAGGCGGCGUAUAACCCUCCUCAACGCUCUCGAACACACGAUGAUUAUACACAGCAGUAUCCAGCCUCAUCUCGUCAACAAUAUUCAAAUGAUCCUUACGACAACUAUGGGCACGCCGAGCAAGACCAAUACGUACAGCCCCCACUUCCCGCAUCACCUACAUCACCGAUUAGAAAUAACGCUGGAUUUGAUUUCAACUCUGGAUAUAGCCGCCCAGAUAGUCGCGGGAGCCCAGCCCCGCAGCAAAGUGCAAAUGGAGGUACUGCCUACCCCGGAUACAGGAACUACAAACCAGCACAAGAUUUUUAGGCACAGCAAGGUCGGGGCGAAAUAUGAUAAUUGCUGAGGCUUAAUUUAGUUGUAUUAUUUCUUCAAAAUCUGCAUCUACCAGGGCGUAUGCAGCUAGGGCAUUAGGGUUGACUACUUUUUCUUAGAAAGAGCUUGGCGUUUGUAGGAGUUUCAUGGGAUACUUUGUGCAUCUAGUGAGCAUGAUGACAGCAAUGAAUGAGGAGAGGAGAGCACUGC